UCGCAUCAUGGUUUUGAAAUUGCAGUACUAAAUACGUUGCAUAGGGAGUUUCCUGUGUGGAGGGUUGAAUGCUUAUCCUGCAAGCUUACACCUGCCAAUGCGAAAAAAAGACUUUAAUGGCGAACUGGGCGGUUUUAGGCGCCACAAAUGUACAAGGACUUCCAUGGCGGCCUUCAUUAACUACUACUUCUAUAGGCAAUUUUAAUGUUCAUGCUAAUCUUUCAAAUUUCCUUAUUAAUAUCCCCUCAUGGCCGUCCAUUACCUCAAAUAGACGUCAAAGAGUGAAACCAUUUAUGUGUAAUUCUGUUCCAAUUGAAAGGCUUCCAAAUGAAAAUGACUGCGGGGCACAUAAAUCAGAGAGGAAGGCAUUAAGAGAGCUGUGCGGCAAUGCAGUUCCUGGUUACAUUCUGGACAGGAUAGAGGAGGUUGGCUUUGCAGUCGCUACUGAUGUUCAGGAGCAGGCGUUACCAGUAGUCCUGUCUGGAGUGGACUGUAUCAUACAUGCUCAGACUGGAUCUGGAAAGACUCUUGCUUACUUGCUGGCAAUUUUUGCUGUUGUUGAUGCACGUCGAACAGCCGUGCAAGCACUCAUUGUUGUACCAACAAGGGAACUUGGAAUGCAGGUUACAAAAGCAGCCCGUUUGCUUGCAGCAAGCUAUCCGAAGAAUGUUGGACUGGCUAAUAAGGAGUCUAUCAAUGUCAUGCCUCUACUAGAUGGUGGAUCACUGAAUAGGCAAAAGAUUUGGCUAAAGGCAGAACCCCCACAAAUUAUGGUUGCAACAUUAGGUUGCUUAUGUCAAUUGCUUGAGAAGGAAAUUUUGAAGCUGGAUGCAAUCAAGGUUCUUGUUACUGACGAGGUUGAUUCGAUAUUUGGUGCUGCAAAGCAAACAUACUUGCUUCGUAAACUCCUAACAUCUUACACAUCUAUUAAUAAUCGCCAGACAAUCUUUGCAAGUGCAUCAAUUCCACAACACAGACAGUUUAUUGACAAUUGCAUUCAGCAAAAAUGGACUAAGAGAGAUGUGGUUCAUGUUCAUGUUCACCCGAUUGAGCCAAUGCCUUCACGUCUCUCUCAUAGAUAUAUUACAUACCAGAAGGAUGAAAAGCUUGAUAUUCUGGCCUCUUUGCUGCAAGUGGAUACACCCAAGUCAGGAAUCAUUUUUGUAAAUAAGCAGUCCGAGAAAUCAAAAAGAACUGGUCUUCCUCCUGCAACUAAUGCUGUGACAGAGUACCUCAGACAGUUUUAUAGCAAAGAAUCUGGAAAGUCAUACAAAAUUAAAGAGAUAUUACUUCUUGAAGAAAACAUGAAUAUUAAUGCCCGGACUGCAUCUCUUUCUGAGUUGAGGAAGGGGAAUCAUCUUCUUGUUGCGACAGAUAUAGCUGCAAGAGGACUCGAUUUGCCAGAAACAAGUCACAUAUACAAUUUUGAUUUACCCAAAUCAGCCACUGAUUACUUACACAGGGCUGGCAGGACUGGCCGAAAGCCAUUUUCUAAUGAAAAAAGUUUGAUAACAAACUUAAUUACAACCAAUGAACGAUUUGUACUAGAACGAAUAGAAAAUGAGUUGUCAUUCACAUGCGAAGAGAUCACUCUAUAAUGUUUCUUAUAUAUAUCAGAAGGCUGUGUUCUUAUAUUCAGAAAGCAGAGUGAUCAAGCCAGUUUUUUUUUGUAGCAGAUGGAAAGUUCUAAUCCACAAUUUUGUUAAUAUAAUAAAGCUACAAUCUCAUUUGAA